AUGCCGGACGUCUCCUCCUCGCUCGAUGCGCUCGUUUCAACGCUAGUACCACAGUCAAGAAAUGAUCCAAAGCUAAGAGACGAGCUUCUGGUCCAUUGCGAGGAAAUCCUUAUUAGUCACAUCGGCCAAACGCACGAGAAUGACAUCGGCCACCUCUCCGCGUUGAUAAAGAAACGGCUUCUUCAGUCAGCAUCGCCAAAUAGUGCAUCUCUCAGGUUUACCAACCUAUUGUCCCGGCUCCUGGAUCAACCGGUUCUAACGCGUAAGCACGAUGCAUUGGUAUUUCUACUUGCCCUUGCAUCGUCUCCUCGUCCGAAUCAGCAUGUGCCAGCUAGCGAUUUUCUUGCCUCCCUUCGCCCUCCGCAAAACACGGUUCGGUCUAUUUCACCUAUUUCCGAUUCUCAGCUGCCUCCACGCUCCAAAAAAGGGAAGUCAAAGGCAGAGCUUUUGCAGGAGUACCGUGCGCGCACAGGUCACUCGCAUCUUUCAGAGAAUUUCCUUAUCAAAGACACUUUAUAUCUCCUUCAAGGAAUUUCUGGAAAAUACAUCCAACUGUCUACUUCAGAUCAAGACGACCAAAGCAAGUUGAUAUUUGCAGAUGAUACUAGAUGUGUCAUUUCGACGCCAGUCAAAUCAUUGAUACAUAGGCUUGCCGAAGUUGGCCACCUUUAUUCUCGCGUCGACGCUUUCGUUAGUGAUCGCAAAGGACGAUCUGGUGUCGGAAUGAUCGAACAGAGUUUAUGUCACCACCUUCAGGCUCAGUUGACAGAGUACUACCGUCUCAUCGCCGUUUUGGAGUCACAAAUAUCCACUGCCACGGCCCGCAGUGCCGACGGACAUGAGAGCGUCAAGGAUGAAGAGACUGGACUAACAUUGAAACGUUUGGAUGUUUGGAUCACCGAGUGGAGGCUGCGAAUGCGAAUGAUGAGUGUUUGUGUUGAGGGUGCUCGUGAGGCUCAUGGGGGUGCCUUGGUUAAUCUCAUCCACAGUUACACGGACAACGGUGACCCUUUCAUACGGAAAUUCACCGACCAACUCCUGGAAGAGGUGUCCCAGCCUUUUUUCUCCACCCUUCAUAAAUGGCUGUUUUCGGGAGAGCUUUACGACCCAUACAAUGAAUUUUUCGUUGCUGUCAAUCCCGAGCUUGCUCACGUGCAGUACCUCCUCCACCCCUCCUCUUUGGCUGGUGGAGUCGAUGGCGUGUUUAGUGCACUCGGUGGCGAGACAGAUGACAUGUCGACUGAACGUGAAGGAGGGCUUCGGCUGUGGGAGGCGAAGUACCAGUUUAGAGUGGAUAUGCUGCCCUUGUUCGUUGGAGAAGCGUUUGGGAAGAAGAUAUUUUCCACCGGAAAAAGCUUGAAUUUUAUUCGCUACAGCUGCCAUGAUAGUGACUGGGUUGCAACAAGGGAGAAGAUGAGCAAUACGGGGGGAACCCUGAAAUAUAGCGAUAUCGUCGGACUGGAGCGUUCAAUCGACUCAGCGUACUCGACGGCCAGCAAACGUCUUUUCGAGAUUUUUAUUGAAAAAUUCAAGCUACUGGAUCACCUGCUCGCACUGAAACAUUACCUCUUACUCGACUCUUGGGCCAGUACAAACUUCUGUCCGUGGCCAUUCACGCGUACUCACUCUUCCUCUUGCAGGUCGAAUCUCACCCGCCCUGCAAACACUCUGUACCGUCACAACCUCACUGCAACACUUGAAACCGCUAUUCGAACGUCAAAUGCACAAAACGACCCCCCGGAUGUGUUGCGACGUUUGGACGCACGCAUGCUCGAGUAUUCUCACGGCGAAAUCGGCUGGGACGUUUUCACUCUGGAGUACAAAGUCGACGCCCCUAUCGAUACGAUAUUAGAUCCCGACUCGAUGGUCAAGUAUCUCAAGCUCUUUCGUCACCUUUGGAGGAUGAAGAGGGUUGAAAGUGCUCUUAGUCAAGGAUGGAUGCGCGUUGCGGGUGCAUCUAGGACUUUUUUGAAGUUGCAUGACUUUGAGUAUGACUGGCACCAGAUUCGUAUUGUUAUGGCAGAGAUGAUCCACUUUGUCCGCCAAAUGCUGGCCUACUGUCAUAUAGAAGUGAUAGAAUGUUCGUGGACAUCUCUGAUGGAGUUUUUCCAUGAACCGGAAGGGGAUCUCGAUGCUAUAAUCGAGGCUCAUCGCUCGUACCUCGAUAGGAUGGUGAGGAAGGUCCUGCUUCUGAGCCCGAAAUCUGGAAAGGAGGAAGCACUCUUAACACAGGUUCAAGAGCUUUUCUCCACCGUCUUGCAGUUCCGUGAGGCUACGGAUAACUUUUACCACUAUUGUCUUGCCGAAACUGCAAGGAGGGAUCAAACCAGAGAUGCGGACAGAGGCAUCUACACCAUCCCGACCCAGCAACAAAUUGGUCUGCCGACACUUUCUCAGAUGCGCAAUCUUGUUAAGGAAUACAGUACCACUUUCAGUGAUCUUGCUUUGUCCAUUGUCCACACCCUUCAGAGCCACCCUGACUUGGACUGUCGCUUCCUUGGCAUUCGAUUGUCAUUCUCGGACUUUUAUCGCGCAAAGAAAGAUCAACAGCUUCUGCAGCAGCAUAAGCAAACAUAA